UUAGGAAAUCCCAUAUUUCUCAAUCACUCUCUGCUUUCAUAACUUCUGCGCUCUGGACAAACUUCCUGAUUGACUCGUUGAACCGAAAGUACUUGUCGACAUUUCGUGCUCUCGUCUGCAGGUGACACACGGUUUAUGUGAGAUUGCUGUUGGUGACACGUGAGCAGACAUGCAGGUUGAAGAGCUGCUCCUUGACACCCUGGAAGAGCUGAUCGACGAAGACUUAAAAACGUUUCAGUUUUUCUGCACGAUCAAGAACUUGGACAGCUGUAAGCCAUUUCCUAAGGCACGUCUGGAGAAAGCGUCCCGGACAGUAACUGUGUCCAAGCUGACCGAGGCCUACAGUGAAGAGUUGGCUGUCAGCCUCACUGUUGAGAUCCUGAAGAAGAUGUACAAGAACAAUUUAGCAGAGGACUUAAAGAACAAGUAUGCUGCUGCACCCUCCACCUCCAGCUCUGCUCAGAGUCCUCCCACUGCUGCCGCUGCAGCUCCUGGAGCUCCUGGAGCCUCAAUGAUGGCUCAACAAGGUGCUGUGAUCUUCGCCCCGACGCUCACCAGCGGCACCACUGGAUCAUGGAAUGUAACCAUCCACCAACCAAAAAACAACUAGAACAGAAAACACAUUAUAUGUUCUAAGUUGUUUUUUUGUUUUUUUACAAAAUACAAAUACAUGAUCCAGGUAUCAGGGAAACCUUUAAAUCCACAUGUGGGAGACCUUUAGAUCUUUUUUGGUAACAUUUUACAUUUUAGUUCCACUGUUUAGGUACAGUAAGCGUGGUACAGAUAUUUGAUAAAUGCUUUACAACACAUUAUAAUGUAUUUAUUAGCAGACAUGAGGGCAUUUUAAAUAUGUUUUUACUGUACAGAAUUUGCUAUAAUGUCUCCCAUGAAGAUAUGGUUUACAUUAUUACUGGAACUGCUUUACUGUAUUUUCUGUUCAAACAAUGGCCUUCACCGUUAGCUGACACACUGGAAAAAGGUUGUGAGGACAUCAGCAUUAAAAGCAUUUAUUCAGUAUUUACAUAAUACUUGCUGCAUGCUAAAUAAAGGAACUUAAUGUAAAGUAUUGCCAGUUUUUGUAUUUAACCUCGUCCACCUUGCUGACAUCUGUCAGUGGACAAGUUAAAUCUGUUUGAUUUUUAAUAAAACACAUGUAGCAUC